AUGGAACAAACGGAUAAAAUAUUUGACCAUGUUGCAGAAGAAAUUAAGAAUGCCGGAGAGAUGCUGAAUCUUGCUAGUUUAUCUCUCCGCGCUUGUUUUAUUGAUAAUGCGUCUUCAGUAAAAUCAUUCGUCGACCUUCGCUCUGAAGUUACUAAUGAAGCGAGGGUAUAUAGCCACAAAAUCCUGCCAUUCGCGAACGCCGUUGUUUUGCAGAUACGAAAAUUCUGCGAAAAUUAUUUGCUUUUUAGCUUCGAUGAGUUCAAGGAGUAUAUUGCUGAUUUGGCUGAUGAGGCGAAAGAUAAUGUUGAUGUUUGCAAAUUUACAUGUGAACUUCAUAAAGCCAUCCUCGUCGAAUUUAAGAAAAAAGAAGACAAAGCGAAAAUAGUUUUAAAGCAACUGGAAUUAGAAGUCAACGAAUUUGAAAAAAGAAAAAAAGAAUUUUUAAAGGCAUCUGGAACAAAAUAUGCGUGGGCCGUUUGUUUAAUUCUUGUCCCAGUUGUUAACUUGAUUGCAACUCCGCUUCUUAUUAGUGGAGGCGAUAAGGAUGUAGUGAGGGCAGUUGCAGCAUCUGAAGAAAAACUUCUUACGGUUGCUGCAAUUGAGGCUAUUCGAGAUCCUUUAAGUUAUUCCAUCGAAAAUUUUGUUAAGUCUAUAACGAAGAUUGCUGGAUUCUUUCAGCUUCUUACUGACGAAUUGACCAUGCUCGCUCAAGAUCAUCAGGAAAAACCAAAAAAAAUGCAUUACGAAAGAGUUAAAAGGAAGGCAUCGCCUAUUAUUGAAGCUUGUCGCUUAUAUUCUCUCCGAGCUCCAGAUAGUGAGACGAACCUCCAGGCGAUCCCGGAAAACUUUGAUAAAAAUUAUGUUCAAGAGUGGCUUUCAAAAAGGGAGACUAAUAUAGACAAUGAGACGUUGUCAUUUUUCAAAUGGGGAAAAAGAUUGUUUACUUCGAACAAGAAGCUUGUUGAUAUGUUGGCAAUACUAUAG